UCACGCGGCCCUUGGCACGGCAUACCGGGCAGAGGAAAGGCAAAGUUUGGCAAUGUGAGUGCUAGAGAAGAAGUGAGAGUGAGACGUUGGGGAGGGGGAGAAGACAGAUCGGCCUCCUCCGGGAACUGCCCUCGCCGGUUUCACUCCACAUCUGGUUGUGGAGCCUCUGCCUACACGUGGAUUAUUCCCCGCAGCAGCCACAGACACCCAUAGCCCCUGAACCCGACAGCCGCCAGAUAACCCUCUGCGGAGGCAGCAAGAGUCAUGGCAGAGCCUGACCACAGCUCCUUGCCUUGGUCCAUCAACAGGGAUGACUAUGAGCUGAAGGAGGUGAUCGGUAGUGGCGCAACAGCUGUGGUCCAAGCUGCCUACUGCAUGCCCAAGAAAGAGAAGGUGGCCAUCAAGAGGAUCAAUCUAGAAAAAUGUCAGACCAGCAUGGAUGAACUACUGAAAGAAAUCCAGGCGAUGAGUCAGUGUCAUCAUCCCAACAUUGUGUCUUACUAUACCUCCUUUGUGGUUAAGGACGAGCUCUGGCUAGUAAUGAAGUUGAUGAGCGGAGGCUCCGUCUUGGAUAUCAUCAAACAUAUAGUAGCAAAAGGAGAGCAUAAGAAUGGGGUAUUGGAUGAGCCAAGCAUUGCCACCAUGCUGAAAGAAGUUCUGGAAGGACUUGAAUACCUGCAUAAAAACGGGCAGAUCCAUAGAGAUGUAAAAGCUGGAAAUAUACUACUGGGUGAAGACGGCUCUGUACAAAUAGCAGACUUUGGUGUCAGCGCCUUUCUAGCCACAGGGGGUGACAUCACACGGAACAAAGUGAGAAAGACAUUUGUGGGCACGCCUUGCUGGAUGGCACCAGAGGUCAUGGAACAGGUUAGAGGGUAUGAUUUCAAAGCAGACAUCUGGAGUUUUGGUAUCACUGCUAUUGAACUAGCGACCGGAGCGGCUCCAUACCACAAGUACCCUCCAAUGAAGGUUUUAAUGUUGACGCUUCAGAAUGACCCCCCGACUCUAGAGACAGGUGUACAGGAUAAGGAAAUACUGAAGAAAUACGGCAAGUCUUUUAGGAAGAUGAUAUCCUCGUGCCUUCAAAAAGACCCAGAGAAAAGGCCAACAGCAGCAGAACUUCUGAAGCACAAAUUCUUCCAGAAAGCUAAGAACAAAGAAUUCUUGCAGGAGAAGUUGUUGCAGAGAGCCCCAACCAUCACAGAGAGAGCCAAAAAGGUUCGGAGAGUUCCAGGAUCGAGUGGUCGCCUUCAUAAAACUGAAGAUGGAGGCUGGGAAUGGAGUGAUGAUGAGCUGGACGAGGAAAGCGAGGAGGGCAAAGCAGCUGUACUACAACUUAGGUCUCCACGUGUGAAAGAGUCUUCACAUAACUCUGAGCACUUUCCUGCAACAGAGCCAAGUGCCACCUUUCUCCAGACUCCAGCACAGCCCACAGCAAAUCUACCUCAACCAUCUGGCCAAGCUCCACCUUCCCAAGUGUCUAUCCCGGUCCCAGCACAGGGACAGGCUACUCCUGCUGCAGCUCCUAUGCCUCCAACUUCAGAAGAAGUCAAAGCUGUUAUUAGUUUAGUAUUACGAUUAAGAAACACAAAGCGAGAACUCAAUGAUAUUCGGUUUGAGUUUACACCUGGAAGAGAUACAGCCGAUGGUGUAUCACAAGAACUUGUGUCGGCUGGCCUUGUAGAUGGAAGAGACGUAGUAAUAGUUGCAGCCAAUUUACAAAAGAUUGUGGAAGAGCCGCAGACUAACAGAUCAGUCACCUUCAAGUUGGCCUCUGGGGUGGAUCCGUCAGACAUUCCAGAUGAUGGAAAACUCAUAGGAUUUGCACAGCUCAGUAUCAGCUAAGCUGCCAUUGUAUGAGCUGCUUCCUAAUGAGACCUACAUCUUCAUCUUUCUAAUGCUUCUCUCUUGGCCUAAAGAACCACUACUGCCAAAGAAUCAAACUCUGGCUUGUUUCAGGGCUGUAACAACAUGUAUUACUUAUCUCUUGUCUAACAAAUGUCUCUUACUUAGUGUGACCAGGUCUACACUGAGGGGGUUAGAGCUUUGUAACAGAGACCAAAAGUGUUUUCUGCACAUGAUUCAUUUGGAUUUCUUUUUUUUUCAUAUAAGAUGUGCUAGUUGCCUUCUGUAGUGCUAAUGGGGUCACCAGCGAAACGCGUCGGUUGUCCCUUUGUCACUGCAGAGGUUCAGCUUGCGCUUCGCAUACCUGUUUGUUACUGUUGCCUUAUUUGAGAAUACUACUGAGUAUGGAUCUAUGGGCUUCUACCACUCCUAAACACUCAAGGCAAAGAGAAGUGAAUUUUGGGAUCUGAUUUUUAUUGGCUUUAAUUUAAAGUGAACAGAAAAAGAGUCUAAAUAAAAACGUAAUAAUUUGA